CACCAAAAGUUUCGGAAAUGACGUAUCGAUGACACGAUGACGGUAUUUAUUUAAUUAUUUUUUAACAUAAAUUAAGAAUGAUAACGGUGACUGUAAGUCGUAACAUGUAAGUGAUAAACGAUGUAAAAGUCGAAAGUUAAAAAUCAUGGCGUGGUUACAAAAUUUAGCAGGUCGUGCUGAAGAUCUACUUAAUAAAAUUGAUCAAAAUGCAGCCACAGUUUUAAACGAUAGUAGUAAUAAAUAUUUAGAGGGGGAAAAUGGUACAUUUAAUGAAUUUGGUGAUAAACCAGUUGAAGAAAUAGUGAUUCAUUCAGAGCCACUUGAAAGUAUCAGCUCAGUGUCAAAGUCACCCAAAACGAGUGGCAAUGAUUUAGUUAAGGCUUCUGUUGUGGAGGAGGUUGUACAAUUUUCUGGCUCAGAAAAUCAAGACAAUGUGGGAGAAGAGACGGAGAAGUUGUCUAAACCUGGUUCACCGGGGUCAAAAUCCCUUUCGUCUCAUAAUAGUUUUGUCUUGACUGAAGAUGUUCAAACUUACACAGAAACCAUAACAAAACUAGAGAAUGAAGUCCGUGAUCUCAGUAAACAAUUAUUAAAUCUCCAGCAUUUAUACGCGGAACUGAGAAACGAAAACACAACUUUGUGUUCUCAAGUUGAAGCAUCCAAUUAUUUAGUAACAACCGCUCAAUCCGAGAUGGAACAGUACAAAGCCAGAGCUCAAAGAAUUCUACAAGAGAAAGAAAAUCUAAUCCUUCUGAAAAACGAAAGCAAGUCUUUGGAAAAUUCCGAUCAAAUUUUAACCAACUACAACGAGGAACUAAAGAAAGAAGUCGAGUUUCAGCAAAACCGAAAUGUAGAAUUGUCGGAAAAAAAUAAGAAACUGACGCAAGAAAUCUCGCUUUUGCAGCAGCAAAUUGUGUUAACGCAAAAUUCGUCGCAACAGUCCACGCAAAUCCUUCACGAAAAUUUAAUGACUGAGAAAAAAGUCAGGGUGAUGGCUGAAGAAGAUUGUCGUUUGAAAGUACAAGAGUUGCAGUCAAAAAGUCAGGAGUUGACGCAACAAUAUCACGUGAUUCAGGCAAAGAAUGAGGAAAUUCAGCGAUUACAAGAAGCUGUUAGAAAUAAAAGUAGUGUAGGAGGGAAUGAUUAUGAAAUGAGAAUAAAGUCGCUGACGGAGACCCUGAUGUUGAAGCAGAAUACGUUAGAAACGGUGACGACUGAAAGGAAUGCUUUGAGAAUACAACUGGAGAAGUUGGAGAGCGAAUAUCAUAAUAAUUUGGUACAGUUAGAGAGGGCACAAGUUCGUGUAAUAAACGUGAAUGAUACAGACGAUGUCAAGUCACAGGUUCCCCAUUUCAUGAGAGUGUCUCCGUUUGACGCUGGAGUCACAAGAAGAGUAAAACACGCGUAUUCGACAGUUGACGCAAUCAGUGUGAGAACUGGAAUUUUUCUUCGGCGUUACCCUGUCGCCAGAGUUUUUGUUUUUUGCUAUAUGUUGUUGUAGGUUUUGCUCCAUUUUUGGGCCCUUAUUUUACUCUUCCUUUAUGCGCCCAGUAACCGUUAAUUUGUUAGAUUGUUAUAAGUGCAACAGUCACUUUCAUAAUAACCCGGUGAUCUUUGGGAAUUUCCACUGGCUAAUAUUUGUGGCGCAGUUCCAGUUUUGUCAGCAUAAUGGUGAUUUUUUUAAUUUAUAAACAAAUAUAUUACGUUUGUAUUUGUUGUAGUUUUCUUUUUAUAAAAAUAAAGAUUUUAUAAUAA